AAAACAUCUCCGGAAUGAGUUCAUACGAGUUGCACAGUUGCAGUCUUGAGAUUGUAAAGCGCGCGACAGCUCUGAAUUUGCAAACCUACGAUUUUCCUGUACAUUCAUUCCUUUAUUUGUUUGACAAAAUAUCAUCUUUAGUAAAUUUUAAUCGUAAUUUACACAGAGAGGUGGUUAGAGCUUAGAAGGAGCAACAACCCAGUUACAAUUACGAACCAGUCAUCAUCACCAUCAUCUUUAGCUGCUCUCUUUCUCGACAAAACAUCAUAUACAUUCCACUUUUGUUCUCUCUCUCUCUCUUUUUCUUUAUGUAUAUAUAUAUAUAUAUACAGGAAUUGAUUGAGGUAGAGGUAGAGCAGUCAUUUUCUUUCUUUUUCUUUCUUCCAUUUCUCUAAGUCCCUCUUUCUCUCGUUUUCAAUUUGUUUUUUCUUCACAUUUUACCUGCAAAACCCUAGUUUUCUUCUUUGAGCACAAAUCUCUUGGUCCGGGCAACGAGGGAGAGGUUCUGGUGGAGAUUUCCUUUUUGGGUUCAAUCGAGGACUGAUUUGCUGAAGCGGGUGAUUCGGCCACUUCAAAUCUUUUAAACUUUGUUGUUUUUGGGUCAUUUCAUGGAGGACCCCCAAAAGGAGGACCGAAGCGAGAGCAGCGAUUACACAUCAGAAGACGAAGGAACGGAGGAUUACAGGCGUGGAGGAUACCACGCUGUUCGGAUCGGAGAUACAUUCAAGAACGGCUGCUACGUCGUGCAGAGCAAGCUGGGCUGGGGCCAUUUCUCCACUGUCUGGCUUGCCUGGGAUACUCAGCAUUCUCGAUAUGUAGCUCUGAAAGUUCAAAAGAGCGCUCAGCACUACACUGAGGCAGCAAUGGAUGAGAUAACCAUACUCAAGCAGAUUGCAGAAGGGGACCCAGAUGACAAGAAGUGCGUCGUAAGGCUUUUGGAUCACUUUAAGCACUCCGGUCCAAAUGGGCAGCAUGUCUGUAUGGUUUUUGAGUAUCUGGGUGAUAAUCUUUUGACGCUUAUUAAGUAUAGUGACUAUCGUGGGAUGCCACUCCACAUGGUUAAGGAAAUUUGCUUUCACAUUUUGGUGGGUUUGGAUUACUUGCAUCGCCAGCUCUCAAUUAUACAUACUGAUUUGAAGCCAGAGAACAUCUUACUCUUGUCCAUGAUAGACCCAGCUAAAGAUCCCGGGAAGUCAGGUGCUCCUCUCAUUCUCCCAACUAUUAAGGACAAGCCUGUGUUUGAGGCUUCAAAAGAUGUUAAGAGUUUAAAUGGGGAUUUGACAAAGAACCAGAAGAAAAAGAUCCGCAGAAAGGCUAAACAAGCUGCUCAUGGUUGUUCUGAGAAGGAAGUUUCUGAGGAAACUGAGACGGAUCCCAAAAUAUCUGGUGCAGUGGAUUCCUCUGGUGAUGUAAACGCAAAGACCAAUACUGCGGAGGACCAACCUGGUAGUUCUGUCAGCAAAAGGAACUCAUCAAAUGCUGAUGGGGUAAAGGAAGUUCAUCAAGGAAAGCAGGGUCAUAGGAGAGGGAGCCGCUCCACAAGGCAGAAGCUUUUGGCUUCGGUGGACCUGAAGUGCAAAUUGGUUGACUUUGGGAAUGCCUGUUGGACAUAUAAACAGUUUACAAGUGACAUUCAGACAAGACAGUAUAGAUGUCCUGAGGUUAUACUUGGAUCCAAGUACUCUACUUCAGCAGAUCUCUGGUCCCUUGCCUGCAUAUGUUUUGAGCUGGCAACUGGUGACGUUCUGUUUGAUCCUCAUAGUGGUGACAACUUCGAUAGAGAUGAGGAUCACUUGGCAUUAAUGAUGGAGCUUCUUGGAAUGAUGCCACGCAAGAUUGCGUUAGGUGGCCGGUAUUCCCGAGACUUCUUCAACAGGUAUGGGGACUUAAGGCACAUUCGCCGGUUACGUUUCUGGCCCCUUAAUAAGGUGCUUAUGGAGAAAUAUGAAUUCAGUGAGCAAGAUGCAAAUGGCAUGGCAGAUUUCCUGGUCCGCAUACUGGAUUUUGUCCCUGAGAAGCGGCCAACAGCAGGACAAUGCCUUACUCAUCCUUGGAUUAGUGCAGGACCUCGGCUUCUUAAACCUUCUUUGCCCUCUGUUCAAACUGAGGCUGUGGAUGAUGGUAUCUGUGAGAAGAAAAAGAGGGAGAAGGAUGAGAGAGAGGCAAUGGAGGCGGGUGUGGGGAAUAUUGCAAUUGAUGUAGCUUCCAAGUCAGCUAAAGAUCCUCAACCUAGCAGUAAACCCAUAAAAACAGCUGUUAUUAAUUCUUCCAGGUAGCAGCACUAUGGCAUGGUGCUCUUCCUAUGCAACCUUCUUCCACAGAGGUUUAGCCACAUCAGUUUGUGUUUAAGUGAGGAAUGAUCACUUAUUGAUUUAAUAUCUUAACUGAGUAUUAUAGAGUGGGGUUGGGUCCAAGUGCAGGUGAACUGAAGGAAGGUUUCUUACCAGGUGGGGUUUCAGAUCAAAGAUUGCUCCAAUUUUCUCAAGGAACAUUGUAAUUGGGAUAGUGUUCAGCUUCCCUCCAUGUACAACAUUUGCACUUUGGCCUUUGUUGUACAGCUUCAUUGGCUUUUCUUUAUACUUUGGAGGGAUUCAUGCAUCACAAAUCAUCCCUGGAAAUACAUAAUAUUUUUGCAUUCUUUUA